GAUAGCACCCAAACGCAUCAGCACCCCUAGUUUGUAGCUAGUUACAUCAAACCGACCAUAAGGAGCCAUGGCUGCCCUUUUUAAAGCAAGGAAAGCUCUGGGCCUGUGUCUCCAUAGCUGUCGGAGUCUGUCUGCGCUGGCAGAGUUACCAGAGAUGCAUCAGAUUCUGAGACAGACUUGCAGAGACUAUGCCGACAAAGAACUGGCCCCCAUUGCUGCCAAACUUGACAAAGAGCAUUCUUACCCUGCCAAACAGAUUCAGGAGUUGGGUGCGAUGGGGGUGAUGGCCAUGGAGGUGCCAGAGGAGUUUGGCGGGGCAGGGAUGGACUAUCUGGCAUACAGUGUGGCUAUGGAGGAAAUUAGCAGAGGCUGCGCCAGCACCGGCGUCAUAGUCUCAGUAAACAAUUCACUUUACAUUGGACCGAUUCUGAAGUUUGGUACAGAAGAACAGAAAAAACAGUGGAUCACACCUUUCACCACAGGAGAGAAAGUGGGAUGUUUUGCCCUCAGUGAGCCAGGUAACGGCAGUGAUGCGGGCGCUGCCUCCACUGUAGCGAGUCAGGACGGAGAUGAGUGGGUGCUGAACGGAACGAAAGCUUGGAUCACCAACUGCUGGGAUGCGUCUGCCACCGUCGUGUUUGCCACCACAGACAAGAAGCUCAAGCACAAGGGUAUCAGUGCAUUCCUGGUCCCUAUGCCACACCCAGGACUGUCUCUGGGGAAAAAGGAAGAUAAGUUGGGUAUCAGAGCCUCGUCCACAGCUAACAUUAUUCUAGAGGACUGCAGGAUACCACUGGGAAACAUGUUGGGUCCUCGUGGUGCUGGGUUUAAAAUUGCAAUGCAAACCCUGGACAGUGGACGUAUAGGCAUUGCAUCUCAGGCUCUCGGUAUUGCUCAGGCCUCUCUGGACUGUGCUGCGGACUACGCACAGAAACGCAACGCAUUUGGAGCUCCCAUUGCCAAACUGCAGGCCAUACAGUUUAAACUGGCUGACAUGGCUGUGGCAAUAGAAAGCGCUCGCCUGCUCACCUGGAAGGCUUCACUUCUACGAGACUCUAAGAAACCCUUCACCAAGGAAGCAGCCAUGGCAAAACUAGCAGCAUCUGAGGCUGCGACAUACUGUGCACAUCAGGCAAUCCAGAUUCUGGGUGGAAUGGGCUUCGUGACCGACAUGCCUGCGGAGAGGCACUACCGUGACGCUCGCAUCACCGAGAUCUACGAAGGCACCAGUGAGAUCCAGAGACUGGUUAUCGCGGGCCAGUUACUAAAAGAAUACCAACAGUAGACACAACGUCGAUGCCUUUGGUACAAUGCACACUAUUUUCCCCCCACAUCUGGAAUAACUCCACUGAUAUGAACUCCUGACAUGAUCUGAUGAUAAGAUAUGGACUUCAUAAAGAUAAGGAUAGUGGAGUGAUCUAACCCCAAAUAUGAGCCAAGGUUUAGUGUUUAUAGAUUUGGCACCAGGCCUUUGCAUUGGGUUUAGAAACAGGACUACACUACAGCAGUAGUAGCAUUCAGCCAGUUUUACAUGUGCAUUACCUCAACUGUCUCAGUGACAACCACAGAAUGUUAUCAUGGAAAAAAUGUCUCUAUAUUUACUUCUUUACUUUACUUUUCUUCUUUACUUCUUUAACAGCUUAUCGGGCCUUUUUCUCCAUAUAUGCUAUUUCUUUAAUGAGAAGUGGUCUAGAAAGUCUUCAGAAGAUGCUGUAAAUCUACUGAAAAUGUGUGAUAAGUUGAUAACUCAAUUUUUGUGAUUUCUAACCCUAACAAAAAUUCAUGCUCACACAAGAAGUUCAUUUGUUAGAUAUUGCACUUGGAAACUAAUUGGGUUUACAUCCAUUGAAAAGAUGAUGUGCAAUCCAUAGAACAAAUGCCAUAUGGUGGAGCUCCCACUUGGUGUGUUUUAGGCAUUGGCUCAUGUGGUAAGAAUACUUUACCCUGAAGAUUUGGCUUUAAAAUAGACCCCCUCCCCUCCACCCCAAAAACUGCAAUACCCUCAGCUCAUCAUCUCAUCCCACACAGCCUCAACACACAAGAACUGACAGGUGUAAUAUCACUGUCCUUACCCCUGUCAUUACCUGUAAUCUCAUGACAGAUUUUCCACAAUCUAUAUCCAGUGGGAUCCGAAUAAAAACUGUCAUUUAGACUAUUGUAGGAUAGAAUGAGAUGCAGAAAAAAAAGAUUCUGAGCACUUAUGACAAUGUAUCACUUCUUUAGCCCAUCAACAGUUCUGAAUGCCUGAUUAUGAGAGGAUUUUUCACCACCAGAGGGCGAUAUUGUGCCUUUUUUUUUUUCUGCUUCACACAUUUUUCAGAUUCCUUCUCCAUCAGAAUGGAGCAUUGUAAUCAAAACCUCACACUCACACAUAAUAAGAUAAAUACACAGAAUUUACACCUUUACUGACUAAGGUGUUAGAUGUCUGUAUCAUAGGUAAAAUGAAUGCUUGAAUAAUAAACUGCAGUCUGUCUACUGGCCUGUACCUUAGAAAAGCAGGGAUCUGGAAUUAAAUCUGAGUUUGUAAAGACUGUAUGAGGCUGUGUGCUUAAGGCAGUGUGUGCCAUCAGCUGUUUUCACAGACCUCUUGUGCCUCAAUGAUAUGUACAUAUUUUAUUGUAAUUUAUUUGUGGGAAAUGAUAAUAAAACACAAUUUCAAUA